AUGACACCGGACCACGGCCAAGCGGCACCAUAUGAGAGCCGGAAUCAUGAAGCGGAUGGACGUCAAGCUGUAGACGUUACGCCUAACGAUCAGGCAGGCCAGGAAGAUCCGGCUUAUGCACACACUGAUGAGCCAACCUUGCAAGCCCAUCCAGCUCCGGAUGAUAGACCGACAGAGGGUCUUACCUUGCAUUCAAUCAUAUCCCAGCGAGACGACGGUGCCUCUUUGUCAAAUGUCAUUACGCGAGUCUCAACCGACCGUUACGGCAACACCUAUCCCGAAGGCGGCCUGCAGGCAUGGCUAGUUGUUCUAGGCAGCUGGAUGGGCUUGUUUGGGUCUCUGGGGCUGGUGAACACCAUUGGCACAUUCCAGACCUACGUCUCGACGCACCAACUGGCUGGUUAUAGUGACGGCACCGUUGGCUGGAUUUUUGGAGUCUAUGCCUGCCUGACUUUCUUCUGUGGUGUCCAGAUCGGUCCUGUUUUCGAUGCCAAGGGCCCUCGGUUUCUUGUUGUCGGCGGUUCGAUUCUUAUUAUCGUUUCCAUGGUCUGCCUGCCCUUUUGCACGCAAUACUGGCAUUUCAUGCUUGUUCUCGGUAUUGUCAUCGGUAUAGGCACGUCUAUGAUCUUUACACCUGCGAUUGCAGCAGUUGGUCACUAUUUUUACCAGCGACGAGGCGAGGCCACUGGUAUUGCAGCGACUGGUGGUUCGUUUGGAGGCGUCGCCUUCCCUCUAAUCCUUGAGGCUCUGUUCCCCAGAAUCGGCUUUGCAUGGGCGACUCGGGUUAUUGUGCUACUCUGCCUCUUGACCCUGGGCUGUGCUUGCAUCCUCAUUCGCUCCAGGCUUCCGUCCAAGCCAGCAUCAAGACAAAACAUCUUGCCUGAUGUCAGGAUCUUUAGAGAUCCGAUUUUUGCUUUGACUACCGCCGGUGUUUUUCUCAUUGAAUGGGGUCUCUUUGUGCCGAUUACCUACAUAUCCUCUUAUGCAUUGGUUCAGGGCUUUCCAACCUCGUUUUCGUAUCAGAUCCUUGCCAUUCUCAACGUCGGCUCUAUCUUUGGAAGAUGGCUGCCAGGGUACUUUGCCGAUUUCCUCGGCCGGUUCAAUACCAUGAUCUUGACUAUCCUGGGCUGCCUUUUGAGCUGUGCUUGCUUCUGGCUCCCCGCUGAGAACAGCAAGGCCAUGUUGAUCGUCUACGCUUUGACUUUUGGAUUCUUCAGUGGUAGCAAUAUCAGUCUGACUCCAGUGUGCGUGGGUCAGCUAUGUAAGACGGAAAACUACGGCCGAUACUACGCCACGGCAUACACUGUAGUAAGUUUUGGGACACUGACCGGGAUCCCAAUCGCCGGAGAAAUAUUAUCGAGAUGUGGCGGCCAGUAUUGGGGGUUGAUUACCUUUGUGGUGGCCUGUUACUUUGGCGGUCUCCUGGCUUUUACUGUUGCGAAGCUGGUCAAAGUCGGCUGGAAUCGCCCGUGGGUUGUUUUUUGA